AUGAGCCAAUUUAACGGCCCUAGAUCUUGCUCAGAACGCUUCGUUCCGACAGUGCGAGAAACCGACAGUUGCAGUAAGCGACAGUCGCUAUGCCGCCUAAGAAGAAAAAGACAACGCCGGCCACCAGACGGCCCCCCAGGUCUGCCGAAGGCCGAUCAGGAGGCAUCCGUUGACGAGAAGACUAGCGUCGCCGACGUUGGUAAAGAAGAUGUUGAGGUUCUGUCACCAAGGGCAAGGGUGGCCUCUGUUAGGAACGCGAAGGUGGAUGAUGGUAAGGAGAAGCCGGAGGAGGGAAAGUUGGUCGGUGCUUCUUCACCCGCUGGAAACAGGGGUAGGGGUAGGGCUGCUAACGGUAAGGAGAAACGAAACGCUGAGAUUGAGUUGCCGGAGUCCAAGAAGACGAAGAAGGUGAAAGAAGACGUGUUUGAGGAUAAAGGGUCAGUUCCGGAUGGAUCAAAGCUUGUAACCAGAUCUAUCAUCAUCGAGGCAUGCACACAAUGCAAGUCAUUCAAGGAGAGAGCUGACAAGGUAAAGAGGGGAUUGGAAAGUGCUAUUCCGGGCAUUGCUGUAGAGAUUAAUCCUCAGAAGCCUCGGCGGGGAUACUUUGAGAUUCGUGAAGAGAAAACUGAAGUUAUUCUCUCCCUUCCGAGUAUGAAUCGACCGUUUACAUUAAUGAAGCAGCUUAACAUGGAUAAAGUCAUCGAGGAUUUGAUCAAAAGGUGCAAAUGAGAUCAGGUUUCUUCCAAUUUCUAUUUUUUUGCAAAACUCUUUUUCAAUCCCCACAUAUGUGCUGUGUGUGGUCUGAAACCCUUCUCUUGUAGCAAAUCAUGCUAUUUGACCAUUUUGCUGUUUGUUUUCUUGUCUUGAUAUGGAAAUUGCUAUCAUUAUUGUCUCCCAUUCUUUCUUGGUUUUUGAA